GAGUGCUAACGCGGGCUGGCGAGUUUCGAAACCCGAGGAUGCAAGUAAUAGGUCUUACACGUUGGUGACUGACAUAGCAUCAACAUACUUUCUGCAUCCGCUUAACAUCAUGCCUUCAAAAAGGAGAUCUGGAUGUGGACAACCAAAGGUGUACAUUGAUGUGGAUGAUUCCACUGUAUCUUUAAAUGUUUCAAACAAUGCAGCAGAGGUCACUUCAGAGCCAGGGGAUGUAAACACGGGCGGUAGUCCACACCCGUACUUCCUAUGUAAAGUUGAUAAUGAUUGGUCAGAGGAGGAAGAGGUGGUGAUGAGUUCAGAUGGGGACUUUUUGUCAUCCUCUGAUGAAUACCAGCCAGAGUCGGAGAGUGAUGGGAUGGACUCCGAGAAUGAUGGAGACUUGUGGGAGGAAAAUGACAGCGAAGUAGAGAGUAUCAAGGUUGAACAGGACAGUGAUGAGGACUUUUGUGAAGACAGAGUGAUGUAUCCAAGGGCAUCAAGGAAGUCAUCUGGAACACCAAAGGUUGGAAAGAAAACAAGAAAUCUGGGAUCAGUUAAUGAAACAAGGGCGUACUGUAAAAUGUCCUUGAGAUCAUCCGGAUUGAAAACGAGAUCAAACAAGGUUUAUACCACAGAUUUCACGAAGAGUCAUAAAAGACAAUUGAAACGGAAGAAACACAGAUCUCAUCAGAAGAAUGGAGUUUUUUAUGGACAAAGCACACAACACGAUGCAAAUUCUAACAAAAAGCAGGCAGAACCUGAACCUGAUGAAAGUAUGGAACCUGUCCUAAGGCAACAGUCAUUGUCCUCUCCUGUCACAAAGUUGUCCUUCUCUGAUAACAUAUGUAUACUUGUACAAAAUGAUGGAAGAAAGACUUGGUGUAUCUAUUGUGGAAGGAAUGUUUCACAGUUGGCACAGCAUCUUCAGUACAAACACCGGAGGGAGGCGAAAGUAGUGAAAUGGAACAGGUAUGGUGUAAACACAGUAAAAAGGAGACAGAUGUUACAACAGAUAAUUGACAAAGGAUUGUGCCUGCACAAUGACAAAGUAAUAAAAUCUGGCAAGGGCGCCCUAAUUCCAGUAAAGAACCCUGUAAAAACGGAUGGACUGACCACUGACCAGUUUUGUAGGACCUGCUAUACAUUUAUGGAUAAAAACUUCAUGGAAAGUCACAGACUCGCCUGCAGUAGACAGGAGAAAAAUGAAGACUGUGAUGUUCAGAUAUGUGAUCCCUUUGAAAUUACUGAAGAUAUGAUUAAAAGAAUGGAAGACAAACUCAAACUGGUUUCUAAAGAUGGCCAGAUCACUAUCAUAGAAGACAAAAGACAUGAUGGUCGUGUUAACUGUGCGUUUUGUCACACUACUCCAUGUCAUUUCUCCCGUCACAUAGAGGAAAAACAUUCUGAGGAACCUAUUGUGAGCAACACAAUAAAACAUCCCAAGGGCUCCAAAGAGAGAAAGAGAGGCUGGACAAAAAUAAGGAACUCUUUCAGUUUCCUUCACAAUAAGGCAGUCUUAGAGAGAGGGACAGGGGGACUCAUGGUUCAGUACGUGAGCCAAAACAAAGAUCCCAGUCAUCUGAAAGUUUGUCCAUUCUGUUAUGGUCUCUAUGCGAAUCUCCAAAUUCAUGUCAAACGAUGUGGCAGCUCACCUCAACUUACCUCAAAAAAGGUAGAAAAUACCUGCGAAUGUAUGUCCUCAGUUGAUGAGGUCAGUUCAGAGAACAGAGAUCUUCCACAGACUGGAUCUCUUGUCAACAGAAGUUACAUGGACCUGACAGCAGGACAGGAAACCUCAGUGGACCUGACAACAGGACAGGGAACCUCAGUGGAACUGACAACAGGACAGGGAACCUCAGUGGACCUGACAACAGGACAGGGAACAUCAGUGGACCUGACAACAGGGCAGGGAACAUCAGUGGACCUGACAACGGGGCAGGGAACCUCAGUGGACCUGACAACAGGGCAGGGAACCUCGGUGGACCUGACAACAGGGCAGGAAACAUCAGGAAGAAACACCCAGAGGGUCAAUGGUGGUGGCAUCAGGUGGCAAACACGAUGGGAUGGGAAAAAGAAAGUUCUCAAAAGAAACUGCUGUUUUUAUUGCAAGACCCAAGUAUUCACAAUGUGCAGACACUUUAUUAGUAUUCAUGGUACAGAAAAGGAAGUUCAGAAAGCACUGAAGUAUUCCAAACAAUCUAAGGAAAGGAGAGAAGUAUUUUCAGGGUUAAUAUUUAAAGGCAACAAUGAACACAACAAGAGAAUACUUCAGCUGGGACGAGGAACGUUGAUACCUCCCAGGAAACUGCAGGAAGUAACUGAUGAUGUGUCCGCAGACUUCUCAUACUGCCCUGAAUGUUUCUCUCGUGUACGAACAGAGAAUAUGUGGGCACACAAAAAAAGGCAUCGUUUGUCAAAAUCAUCAAUAUCAAAGAAAACUGAUGAGGAUGAAUCGGAAAACAAACAAGGACGUGAAUCUGUUCCAGAUAACACCAGUAAUAAUAGUGCAAAUGAUGGCUACACACAGAAUGACCUUCACAGUACAAAUCAGGUGUCGAUAAAUCAUUUGGAAGAUGAGAACAGUGGAGGAGUUUACAAUGGAAAAGGGAGCAGCUCUGAAUCUACUACAGCGGGAGGGGAAGAGAAUGGAUCCACAGAAAAUAAGGAGGACCUUAAGAAAGUUUCAACAGAAAACAACAUGAAUGAGACUGAAAAUGCCAUUGUAACAAUAAAGAAACAGAAUAGAGAUAUUUCUUGUGUAUUGAAGCACAAUGCAGACAUUUCCAUUUUGCUGUCAACACAACAGUCAUUUUGCCUUUACUGUCAGCAAUCAAGUAUCAACAUCAUUAAACACUUAGAAGCGGAACAUUUUUAUGAAAAGGCUGUGGAGGAGGCCAUAAGGAUGCCUAGGGAGUUUGAAGCGGGGAAAAAGUUGUGGAAUGAUCUAAUUCAGAGAGGUAAUAAGGACCACAAUGACCGUGUAAUGCAGGCUGGGAGUGGGGAUCUGGUUCCUCUGAGAAGAUUGCAGAAGAUAGCCAAUGUCAAUCACUAUGAAUUCUGUUUUACCUGCUACAUCUUCAUAAAGAAAUCUGACACCAUGCACAAGUACUUCUGUGAGUCGUCCAGACAGACGUUUGAAAAUAUAGAGGAAGAAAAAUUGAGAUUAUGUGCAGCAGUGGAUAAAUGCAAAUGCUCUUGCAAAACAAAAGAAGCAACUUUAUUCUCCAAUAACCAAAAGCAGAGAAGGAAACAAAAAUAUCACGUCAGGUCAGAUGGUGCUUUCAGCUUUAAUCAGACCAAGAAAACUGGUAGACAGAUGGUGCACAAGAGAAACUGUUGUCUAUUUUGUCACAAAUUAGUGACAGACAUGUCUCGCCACUUGAAGAUAGUCCACAAUAAUCAAGAAGAUGUACAACGAGCCCUGAAAUACCCAGAAAAGUCACGCAAGAGAAGACAGUUGUUUACAGAAUUACUUAAGAGAGGAAACUAUGAACACAACAGAAGAGUGUCACAUUUGGGCAGUGGUUUCUUGAUUCCAGUAAAACUAGGCUGCCGGAAAGUAGGUGAUUUUGGAAAGUAUGCCCACUGUGAGGUGUGCUUUGGAUUGUAUUCUCAGGAGACUCUCUGGAAACACCGGAAGCUUCACCGUAAUCAACCAGUCGACCCAGAGAGUCCUCAGGUAUCAUCAUCUGGUGAUGUGAAAGCAAGCAGCAGACGACAACGACAAUCUGUCAGUAAAAAAUUGAAUUCCAUGGAAAGGAAUGCUGAGGUUUUAAAUGAGCACAUCUCUGAUGAGAGUGAUGAUGAGUGGGACAUUGGAGAGUACAAACGAUUAUGGAAGGCCAGAAACAAAAGAAUAAAGAAACGCAAACAGUCAGAGGAGGAAGCAAUGCAACAAGAGACCACAAGAGGAGGCAAGAAAAAAAGAAAAGGUGUGGCGUUAUGGAGUGAUGAAGAAAUGAGUGCAAUACUGGAACACUUCAGUGGUCACAUUCAGGAACUGAAGGUUCCUGGAAAAGAGCAAUGUAUGGCAGCAAAGGAAAGGUUUCCUGAGGCCCUGAAGAAACGAGACUGGAAAAACAUCAAGUUUUGUGUGUACAACAAAAUCCAAGCUCAUCAGAAAUCAGGGAGGAGGGAAGAGGUGACAAAGAGUGCCAGCAAACAGCCAUGGAGUCAGGAGGAAGUUUGUGCUGUGGAGAAAUUCAUGAAGAAAUUCAUUGAUAACCUAGAGACCCCAGGCAAGCUGGACUGUUUACAAGUCAAACGCAAAUGCAGGUCUGCCCUGCAAAAUCGUACCUGGAAACAGAUCAAAUUUUAUGUGUACAACCGAAUAUUUAAAAAACGAAAGAUGCCUGCCCUGUGGACAGAUGUAAAAUGAUUUUAUCUCUGCAAAAUAACUGAAUUAAUGAAAUUAUUGUUCAUUCUUAUUGAAAAUUGAACCACUAAAAAUUGAUGUUUAGCAUCUUAGGGGGUAAGGAGAUGAUAAUUGUGAAUUCCGUGGUCACAGCUGUUUUGGCCUUGUGAGUGGGGAUGUAAUAUAUAAAAUUACUCUUGGACAUUUAAUUAAACUUGGUGCAUAGUUUUAAUAAAAAACAUAGAGGCCUUUAGAAAACUAGUAAAAUUUAUAACAUCUGAUUGAGGGGUUAGGCCAGUAAAAGAUGAGAUUGUAAGGCUCGUACAGUGAAAAUCCAGUGAGGGUUUUCAAAUGUUUGAACUGGUUGAUUAGUUAUAUUGGGCAUAGAUGCCGCUACUAAAAUAAUGAAUUGUGAAAUUCAUGGCCCCUAAGUGAUUAAGGUCUGUGGCAUGUUUGUAUGGAUCAUAUUGUGAAGAUGUACUUUUUAUUUACCCCCCCCCCCCCCCCAAGUUUUGGGGGGGGGGGGUAUACUGGAAUCUCCUUGUCUGUCUGUCCGUCCAUUUGUCCGCAGACAUCAUUUCUCCAGAGAAUAUCUUUAACAGCAAUGAACAGAUUUUAUUAAAACUAUUUGUGUAUCUUAUAUGAAGUUGUGCACCUACUAUUUUGAUUGAGAUAUUUUGUCAGUUUCCAGAGUAUAUUUUAAAAACCGAUGAAUAGAUUUGAUUCAAACUUUGUGUAGAUAUUAUGUACAUGUAUAUAAUGAAGUUUUCCUCCUGUCAUUUUUAUUAGGUCACCUGAGUAAACUCAGGUGACCUAUUGCAAUUGGUUGUUGUGCGCUAACAAUUGAACAUUUUUAACUUCUCCUUGAUAACUACCAGUUCAAUUCUUUUCAAAUUGGGUAUGAAGCAUCUUUUGGACAAGGGGGACAUAAACUGUAAAUUUCAGGAUUCCAGCACCCCUGGGCGGGGCAAAAAUUGCCCAAAAUUGACCAAUUUUCAAAAAUCUUCAUCUAAAGAACCACACAUGUUUAAAAAAAACUAAAUGCACGGUGAUGUAGAGCAGGAAGGCCUCUACCAAAAUUGUAAAUUUCAUGAUCCCCGGGGUAGGGGUUCUGACCACAGGGCAGGGCCAAACUUGUUAUAUAGUGUUGAUGUGUAAAACACAUAAAUAACAUCUUUAGUGUUAUUGAUACUAUAUUGAAACUCAAUAGAUAUUUAGAAAGAACAGGUAGUCCUUUACCAAAAUUGUAAAUUCGAUGAUCCCAGGGGUAGGCAUUUUGGUAUCAGGGUGGGGCCAAAAUGGUCAGUUAUCAAAGGUGUGAGCAAUAGACAUUUUUAACUUCUUGAUAACUAUCAUUCCAAUUCUUUUCAAAUUUGGAUUGAAGCAUCUUUGGAAGAAGGGGGACAUAAAUUGUAAAUUUUAGAAUUCCUGCACCCCAGGGGCCUUAUGGGUGGGCCAAAACUGCCCAAACUUGACCAGUUUUCAAACAUCUUCUCAAGAACCACACAUGUUUAAGAAAAACUAAAUGCAAGGUGAUGUAGAGCAGGAAGGCCUCUACUAACAUUGUAAAAUUUCAUGAUCCCUGGGGUAGGGGUUCUGACCCCAGGGUGGGGCCAAACUUAGUAUAUAGUAUUUAUGUGCAAGUUUGCUGAUACUGUAUAAAAUCUAAAUGCAUACUUAGGAAUAGCAGAAAAGGAUAUAAAAAAAAAUGGUGAAGUUUACAUCCCAGGGUUUUGACUCUAGGAUGGUCCAAAUUAGCAUAUCUUUUGAUGUUUUAAUGUUAAUAGACCUAUUAUAUUAUGUAAAGCCUUUCAUUGGUGUAUGCAUUUUUGAGGGCAGUGAAGCUUUAAGAACACAUCUUGUUUUAUACUUUUCUGAAGAUUAGAAUUUAGCUUAGAUAUUGAGAACAGGAAAUUUUUAUUAGGGAGGAGGGGGGGGGGGUCAUAUUGUUUUUGUCCUGUCAGUCAUUCUGUCUGAAACUUUAACCUUGCUAAUAACUUUUGAACAGUAAGUGCUAGAGCUUUGAUAUUUCACAUGAGUAUUCCUUGUGGCAAGACCUUUCCGUGGGUACCAACAUUUUUUACCCUGUGACCUAGACAAUGGAGUUUGACCUACUUUUUUAAAACGUUAACCUUGCUAAUAACUUUUGAACAGUAAGAGCUAGAGCUUUGAUAUUUCACAUGACUAUUCCUUAUGACAAAUCCUUUCCAUAGGUACCAAAAGUUUUGAUCCUUGACCUUGGAGUUUGACCUACUUUUUGAAAACUUUAACCUUACUUAUAAUUUUUUGAACAGUGAGUACUAGAUCUUUGAUAUUUCACAUGAGUAUUCCUUGUCACAAGACCUUUCCGUUGGUACUAAACCUUUUGACCUUGACAUUUGACCUACUUUUUAAAAAAUUGACAUUGGUUAUAAUUUCUAAAUGGUAAAUAUUAGAGCUUUCAUAUUGUACAUGAGCAUUUCUUGUGACAAUAUCUUUCUACUGGUACCAAGAUAUUUGUUCUUGUGACCUUGGUCAUCUUUGGAAUUGGCCAUUAUCGGGGGCAUUUGUGUUUUACAAACACAUUUUGUUUCUAAAUUUUAUAGCCCUUGGGACUAGUGAUACUUUUUCACUAGUACUCAGGUGACUGAUAAGGCCUGUGGGCAUCUUGUUGAGAUUCAUGAACAUUCAAGGAAAUUCUGGAUAUUUUCAUUUACGGGUGUGUGGGUUUUUUUUAACUUCAUUAACUUUGUCAUUUUCUUUUAGAUGUUGUAAUGAUCUGUUCUUUCAUAGAGACCACUGUAUUGUCUGUCUGUCUGCCCAUCUGUUUGUGGAUGAUUUUGUUAAUAAAAGAUGUGUUGUUUUGUGGCUCAUGUAUGCUGAAUAGUAGUUAUGCAUGUAAUAUUCAGAAAUGAUAUUAAGCAUAUCUUCAAUAUUCUGAGUAACACAUAGCAUUUACAUUUAUUGCUCUCAACAAUCUUAAAGUCAAAAGGAUGAGUAAAUUCCAAAUGAGCACAAAGUCACUAUUUCCCUCCAUCCAAUGUGCUCUGUGGGGGGUAUUAGUCCCACUAGGACAGUUCUAGUUAAAAAUGAAAAAAUAGAGGUAUUUUGCACCUGUCAUGGUCAUGUUAGUCGUAUUGGUGCUUAGGCAUCCCCUUGUUUUGUGAAUUUGUGUUCAGUUAUGUUAGUACCCUUUGAAAAUUUUCAUGGGAUUAAAGAUUUUGAAAAAUCUCUUUUAAAAAUUACAACAUCUGAACAACAGCAAUGCCAAAUGAUUCAGGUGAGUGGUGUGAGCCUCUUGUUUCAGAGAAUGCAGAACCUAAAAAAACAUUAAUCAUUUUGGUAAUUGAAUUUCUUUUGGAUCACUGUAUCCCAUGAAUGGGCAAAAAAAUUAAAUAAUGUAACUAUGUUGUAUUUAGAAAAUAAAAUUGUUUUUCAUUCAAA